UAACAGAAUCACUCUUUCAGUGGACUUACCAAGAAAGGGUAGGGUGAAGUCAAUUAUUCAAUUAGGUAAAAUCCACAGGAUUGCAGUUACGCUCACCAUGAGGUCGUAACAACUAACAACCAACAAAUUUCAGAUUCAUACCUUCUUAUUUUCUUCCCGCUCAUUUCUUCCUCCGUCUCAUUCACCGCCAUUUUCUCUCUCCUCUCACUUUCGCUUUUUCUCUCUUACAAGAAAAACGAACCUUCUCUCUACUUAUCACCUCAAAUUCAAAGUAGAUUAUCAAGAAUUCUACCUCGAAAUCUCGAAAAUGCAGCAAGAUGCUAUGAAUUCUACGAUGACGAUGAAUCAAAUUUCAUCGACUUCUCAAAUCAGAACCUCCGUCGCAGAUAUUUUCAAUCCUCCUCCAUAUUCCUCCAUUUUCUUCCACUCGACGCCUUCUCCAACACCGUUUGCGGCACAUCCAGUAACCUCCGAUGAAAAAUGCACCAGAAAUACUGCUAGCGCCACUGCUGCAGCAGCGAAAAGUCUCUCUCGGAUGAUGUCGGAGCACAAGGAACUGCUGAGCCGCCAUGCUUUCUGCCUCACACACCUUCGGAAGACGUUCAAAGAAGCAGAGACUCUCCGUCAAGAGAACACCAACCUCCGACUCGCUAACGUUGAACUGAGCAAACACGUCAAUUUUCUCAUCCAAAUCACUUCGCAGAGUCAGUAUCAGACGCAGCCGUUUACUGAGAAUUUUGGUGGAGAUUUUGAGAUGGAAAAGGAUAGUGAAGGUUGGGAUGAAGGUUUCUCCGCUAAGAAUCAGAGUCCGACAAGCGAAAUUGAGAAGGAUGAAGAGGAGAAUCAGAAGGACGAUGCGGCUCGAGUCACUCUGCCGAAGAGCAUCUCAGUAAGAUCCAAUGGAUUCUUGAAGAUGAGUCAAACUGGUGCUGGUCCAAGUGGAAGCAAUUCUGGUGCUCUUCGUGCUGCAACUCGGAUCCGACCUCCAAAUCCAGUCACUGGCCCGCAUAAGGUAUAUGUGCGAGGAGGGAGCAAAAAGGUUGGGCCAAUAGAGCUGGAAGUUUACAAUCAAGGAAUGUACAAGACCGAGCUAUGCAACAAAUGGCAAGAGACUGGGAGCUGCCUCUAUGGAGAUCAUUGCCAAUUUGCUCAUGGGAUUGAUCAGCUUCGCCCUGUCAUCCGUCACCCUCGUUAUAAGACUGAGGUCUGUCGCAUGGUCCUUGCUGGAGAACCCUGCCCUUAUGGUCAUCGCUGCCACUUCCGCCACGCUCUCACUGAUGAGGAGAAGCUCAUGCUUCCACUCAGGCUUGACUAGCCGAAAUUUAUGACGUCUGCUGCAAUCUGGUUGAGGUAUGAUGAAUAUCAUGAUGGGAGACUGAAUGUUUAUAGUGCCACAUAAGCAAAUGAUAAUAAUACCUAUAAGUAACUAUAUGGUAUAAUAAGUACAUAUUUCAAAAUGCAAAACUACAUAAUCAAGAACUUGUUAGGAAGUAUCAUGCCUAGAUACUACUAAAGAAAGAUGCAAGAAACUAGAUAGCAUUAAGGCAAGUAACUGCUACUGUUUGUUGAAGGUCUGCUGGCUACUUCUGUCUUCUGUUGAAAGGAUCAGUUCAAACAGUAAAUAAGUUUGGACUAGCUUUUGUAAUAAUUGCUGUUGGUUCAUGCUUUGUUCCACCAGCAAUCUUACACCACGAGCUUGUUUGUAGAAAUGAAUGGCAUAUAGAACCUGAAACUGCAGAAAUAUUUGAUUGAUAUUAGAUGAUCUUUUACUCUGUAAUGCGAGUUCCUUUGCUUAGAA